GACUUGUGUAUAUAUAUGAACCUCAGAAAAGGACAAAGUUGUAUUAUCACAUAUUUAGUUGUAAAGGUCACACAUUUAGUUGUAAAGUCGGCCUUCAAAAUGAGCAGCCUCUUGAGCAGAUGUGCGUUUAUCACUGCUGCUGCCUACUUCGCAACCAUAGCGAAUGCAGCACCAACCUCAUCUAACUUCACUAUCGGACUAAAGACUUUGAUUUUAACUUCAGAUGAUGUCGCAUCUUUUCUUCCAGAACAAAUUCUGGAAUCAUACGGCGCGAGUUACGAUAUUCUUAAUGUAGUUCAGAACUUUACACCGAUCACUGAAAAUCAAUUAGAGCUCACUGAUAUCACUUCUGGACAACCUAAAUACAAUUCAAUCGUAUACACAAGCGUAACACUAGGUUACAACGACAAGGACGGCGUGUGGCAAGGCUAUGGUUUGGAUGCCUCCAACCGAGAUCGUCUAGAUGCUUACUGCGCCGAGUAUGGCGUGCGACGUGUGUUCCUGACUGCUUAUCCUCUCGACAUCCAGGACCCAGCCAUCGGUGUUGUAGAUGGUGCUACAGGGAUUGAAAGUGACGACAUUUCCACUAUGAGGUUUGUGGAGAACGACAUGACUAGUGAAUUGCACAAUGCGCUGAACUUGGAUGCCGCUUUCAAGAUUGGCCAGGAGAUCGGAUUCGGUACCAACAAGUAUUGGCUGACUCCUGCUCGUGUGGAAGCUUCGCUCAACCAGGACAAUCAUAUCACUCCCAUCAUGGAUUUAACAUACAUGACUGGCAAGGAUCUGACGAGAAACAUAGGCGCUCUAGUUGUGGCCAAGUUGGGCACCAAGGCUGAGGACAUGUACUUUUUUAUUACUCAAGACGUUUUCGGACUGCACGGUAUGACGUUUGGCCAUAUGUGGUUUCCGUGGGUAACUCGCGGUCUGUUCGUUGGAGAGCGCAAGGUCAAAUUGGGCACUCAGUUCGAUGAAGUAUUCAUGGAUGGCAUUAUGUACAAUACGGUAGAGAACCGUAAAGGUCUCUUCAAUGAAACCACGUCACCUUACACCUACCGUAUCACUGCGGAUGACCUAGAGGCACACAGUGCAGCGCAAGAGCGUAUGAACCAGGAGCUACCAGAAGGUUCCAAUAUCACCCUGGAGAUGUCUUUCAACGGUAUUGGCUAUGGCGAAUUCGCGGAUAUGGAAGCAUAUGACCCGAACAUGAAUACGGCUGCAGUUGAGUUGUUUGAUGAGUUCAGCUGGGUGAGUCACGAGUGGGCGAAACUCAACAUGGAUUGCUUCAAUGGAAUAUGCGAUGCGCCAAUGGGAGGUACUCAGAUCGACUACAAUCUCCUGAGUUGUAGCGACUUUAACAGCAGCUGUUCCUUCGCUGGAGACGAGCCUAUCUACCCCACAAGUGGAUACACUCCAUACGAGUAUAAUAGGUACGAGGUUUCACGCAAUUUGUACUUUGCAGAUGAAACUCUAAAAGCGAAUAGCGAGGAGAACGCUGGAUCCUGGUCACCUACAUCGCUAGUAAGUUUCAAUUCCACAGGAUAUUCGUAUACCGAGGCCGUGAAAGCAAUGUUAGAGAAGGGUGUGCGAUAUGGCGCUAUCGUCAAUUUGGAAACCAAGAACCCCUACCACCUUGAGGAGAUCGAGGUAGUGACCGGUGCCGAAGGGAAAAUUCUUGAUACAGAGCAGAAGAACGCUUUCGUAGCUGAAAUGGAGAUGCAGCACAACGCGUCUGCUAUCAAGGUGGUGCGCCGACAAGCAACACGUGUCUACAGUGACUGUUCUACUCCUACUCAGCUCACCAUGGAGUUCAACUCGCUGUACGGUCCCAAUUGCGUCCUAUGUAACAACGGAUCUUUCAGAUACGAGCGUGACUUGACCUCGGACGAGAUUAUGUCCUUGGAUGGCUUCGACGCUGCGAAGUUGUUGUUUGCCUUCAGAGGAGACGUUUAUCAGUUCAAUCAGAUGAACAUGCGUAUGUACAGUAAGGAGAGUACCGAUUCUUCUCUUGCACUAGAUUGGAUUGAUGCGGCUACGCACUGGGUGCGAGAGUAUACCUCCUUCCCCGUGUAUGCGUACAAGUUUGAUGACCUCGUUGCCGACUAUUUGCAACGUGAAGAGCGUGACAAUUGUAACAUCACUGCUGGUAUUGAGUAUAUUGAUGGGGUCGCUACGGCCGUGAAGGUGAGCAGUCCGAACGCAUGUGAAGCCAAGCUCACCUAUACCACCACUUCAGGACAGACUGGACUCAAGCCAAAAAUAGAUGCUACAAACACAUACGGAACGACCGAUAGUAUAUACACGGCAAAGAUCAACAUGGACACUGUAUCCAUCCCACUUGAGGGCUGAUCGCACUGUCGUUCUAUGUACUGCAUGCGUGCCAAGCCAUCUGGUUUGUAGAACGCAUUGUUUAUGCGGUGGCGUAUUUGUAAUUGCUUAAUUAAUCAUUAGAAUAAUAGUCCAAAAUAAUAAAAUAUAGGAAUCGUACCUUGCUAUAGCUAUAGUUGGGGAUCUAAC